AUUGCCAGGCAACAGUCCCAGAAGUCCCAGGGGAGGUGCGUUGGAGGAGGGUGCAGGCGGUAGGCAGAAGAUGGCGGAAGGCGGCGGUGCUGAGCUCAACCAGCAAGAGCGAGAGUCUUCCGUGCCGCGGCCCCCGAGCGCGCGGGACUUGCAGUUGGCCUUGGCAGGAUUAUAUGAAGAUGAAAUGAAAGCCAAAUCUUUCAAGAGUGAUAGACCUAAAGCUGCAAUCUUUAAAAGCCCACGAACACCACCUCAAAGGUUCUAUUCAAGUGAACAUGAAUACAGUGCAUUACAUAUAGUUCGACCUUCAACUGGGAAAAUUGUGAAUGAGCUUUUCAGAGAGGCAAAGGAACAUGGAGCAGUCCCUCUGAGUGAAGCCACAAGAGCUUCAGGUGAUGACAAAUCUAAGUCAUUUACAGGUGGUGGAUACAGAUUGGGUAAUUCCUUUUGUAAGCAGUCUGAAUACAUCUAUGGAGAAAGUCAGCUGCAAGACGUUCAGAUUUUGCUUAAACUGUGGAGCAAUGGUUUCAGUUUAGAUGAUGGAGAAUUGAGACCUUACAGUGACCCAACAAAUGCUCAGUUCCUGGAAUCUGUUAAAAGAGGAGAAAUUCCCCUGGAGCUUCAGCGACUGGUUCAUGGCAGCCAAGUGAGUUUGGACAUGGAGGAUCAUCAGGAUCAAGAAUACAUAAAACCUAGAUUGAGGUUCAAGGCUUUUAGUGGAGAAGGCCAAAAGCUUGGAAGCCUUACACCUGAAAUAGUUAGUACACCUUCCUCACCAGAAGAGGAGGAUAAGUCAAUACUUAAUGCAUUUGUUCUGACUGAUGAUUCAGUGCCAACAACAAAAAUUCAAAUCAGGUUAGCAGAUGGGAGUCGUUUGAUACAAAGAUUCAAUAAUACCCACAGGAUCCUGGAUGUCCGAGACUUUAUUAUACAGUCCCGUCCUGAAUUUGCAACUCUUGACUUUAUUCUUGUGACUUCAUUUCCAAACAAAGAACUAACAGAUGAAAGCCUGACGCUACAAGAAGCAGACGUUCUUAACACUGUGAUACUCCAGCAACUAAAGUAAUUGUGCUCCUGGCCAUGCAGCAGAAUGGUGGAAUACAUUGUGUGUCAUAUUAAUAAGAAACAUACUUCCAGCAUAAAAACAGCCAAAUUAUUUUUAUUACUUUUACAGAUAAAUUU